CACAGUCUGAUAUGCCUUCAAUACAGGGCGUCGACUUGAGUUACUAUAAUCUCAACAGUUAUGGUGUUUUUUGUGCAGGCGAUACCAUAACAGGCACCGUUUCUUUCUCUGUACACAAUGAAGCUAACGUUGAAAGCCUUUUUGUAAAAGCCAAAGCUGAUGGGAAGAUAGCCUUGUCAAAAGGAGAUGGAGACAGCAAGAGAUCAUACAGCACACACAAGAGAUACUUCAAAGUCAAACAAUAUUUAAUUGACCACAGUUCUAAAGUCACUGUGCUACGAUCAGGUGUCCAUCGCUUUACUUUCAGCAUUAAUAUCCCCCAAAUGGACAUGCCUUCUUCUUUUACGGGGAAACAUGGAAAGAUCGUUUACCUGCUUGAAGCAAAGCUAUCUAAGAGCUGGGGGCGGCCUUGUGUUGUUAAAAGAGAGUUCAAUUUUGUGGCACGGCCGAUUCUAAGCCAUGGACAGUGCUCCCAGAUUGGAUUAGCUGAAAAAUACAUGGGUGUAUUCACCAAAAAGCAGGUCAAAAUGGCCGUCUUUCUUGACAAAAAGGCUUAUGUUCCAGGUCAAACUGUUCUUGCUGUUGCAAAAAUCAAGAAUGACUCCUCCAAAACAUUGAUACCUAAAUUCACUUUGCAGCAGCGGAUUGUGUACUGGACCAAGAGCGACUUUAAGAAGUCUAAAAAGACAAUAUGCAAACUGUCUGGACAGACUAUUGCGGCCUGCACAAAGACAACUGUGACAUGUCCAAUUGUACUUCCUCAUGAUCUGCCACCCUCUAUCCAAAACUGUGACAUGCUCUCACUGGACUAUUGUGUCAAGGUGUAUUUGGAUAUCGCUUUAGCCUUUGAUCCAACAGUUGCGUUUCCGGUGGUCAUCAUUCCGUCGAUCUUUGCUAUCGAUCUGCUCGGUGAGGCUGCAGCCCCCUAUCCAGCAGGGACUGUUGGGAGCCCAGGCAACUCUGACAUCCCUCGUCGUGCCAACUCUGAUGGAUCCCCUGCACCCUGGAGUUCAGGUGUUUAUGGCCCCAUAGUCCCAGUUAGUGCUCAGUAUCCCAACAUGGCAAGCGGCUAUAACCAACUGCUGCCACCACAGGCCUCCCCACAUGGAAUCGCAGCAUCUUCAGGGCAUCAUCUCCAGCCUACUGCUCCAUCCCUGCCUCAACCUGGAGAACACCCUCCAUCAUAUAAGUCCCUUUUCCCCCACUCCUAAUGAGACUCACAGAAAGGGAAAUGCAAUCAAUCGAUUGUAGUGACAUCUGGUGGAGAGGUUCAGUCACAAUCUUUAUUUGACUGACUUUUUUCAUUGUAAUAUUUAAUUACCGUCAGUGCAGUUUUUGACUUCAGAGUACUAUGGAUUCCCAAAACUCCUUACAAAGAGUGAUGUCACCUGUAUUGCACCAAACAUG